AUGGAUUUUCAAAAACAAUCUAGUGACCACCAUACUGGUGAAAGUGAGUAUGAUGUGGUUCUUCGGGCGGGAAGUGACCAAGCCAUGACCGGCGACCCGCGGGCACUGCGUCACCUGACGGCCAUGGAGGAGAGCUGUCGGCCGGCUCCUCACUGUGACAGAGUCCAGACAGACAUACAACCAAACAUGCGGAGGAUGCUGGGAGUGUGGAUGUUCCAGGUGUGUGAGGAGCAGAAAUGUGAGGAGGAGGUGUUUCCGCUGGCGGCGUGUUACCUGGACUGCUACCUGAGCCGCUUUGCUAUCGGGAAGUCUAACCUGCAGCUUUUAGGAGCGGUUUGCAUGUUCCUGGCAUCUAAAAUGAGAGAGACUGUCCCUCUGACUGCCAGCAAGCUUUGUAUCUACACAGACAACUCCAUAUCAGUGUCAGACAUCCUGCAGUGGGAGGUAGCAGUGGUGUCCAGGUUGGACUGGUGUCUGGCCUCUGUGGUGCCCUCUGACUUUUUGGAGCCGAUCCUUCACACACUCCCCUUUGUUCGUCCCCAUCACCUUCCAAACAUGCGUAGGCAUGUUCACUCCUACAUCGCCCUGGCAGCCACUGACUGCAGGUUUGCAGAGUUCUUACCCUCCAGUGUUGCAUGUGCCUGUGUGAGCAUAGCAGUGCAGAGGCUAAAGCUAGCGGACUCUUCCCUCAACCCUGAUUCAGUUAUGAAGUUUUUGGCCAACUGUCUGGCCAUUGACCUGAGCUCCGUCCUCCUCUGCCAUGACCAGCUUUGGGGUGUGUUGGAGCUCAGCCUGCCCUCAUGA